AUGGAACAGCAGAACUACUCGACUUCAAAGGUAACUGUCGAGUACCACGACCCCCACGAUGUCUUCAAGCUCCUUGCGCCAGGUCUAGUACCUCGCCUUCCGCUCCAAAAUCUCCAUUGGCAAUCGCAUGCAGGUCCACUGCGAUCUAUCCCAGCCCUCCAUGUCGACUUAGUACGUGCUGGCGAGGAAGCACAGCCAAGCGUGGCCUCUCCUGCGCUGCGACGGUCGGACAGCACAGCCCGAGACGAUGGCUUCCAGACACAGAACGUUGGCGGUAGAGCUGCUUCAAUUGAAACUGUCGAGAGCGCUGGAGUUUCGGCGGCAACGACGCAAGGGGGCCAGAGGCGUCACCAGAUUCCUGGAUUGCGGCGGACGCCGUACUUGAAAGUUCUCCUGGUUCGAUGCGACGACAACGAUUCCUAUAAAAACACAGUCCGGGGGGAGGUCAGAAGCUGGAUCAAGACACAUGCCACGCCGGCAACUGCCAGCUCCAAGAAGUCCAGCAGCGGCACCGCUAGCCUCAACGAGGGCCACGACGCCUUCGAGUGGUUGAUUGUCCACGUCGUCAUCCCCAAUACGGCUGCAGCAACACAACCCCGAAGCAACCAAAGCAAAUCAGACAGUGCCUCAGCCGAGUCAAAGAGCACUUCAUCCAGAUGGAGACCAGGCUCAACGCCGUUGAUGGAGAAGUUCCGAUCCGACUUCAACAUAUCAGGGAAAGGAUUCGUGGACAGAGUGACACAAAUUCGCAUUGGAAUCAACGAUGUUCCCUACGACCUUCUCCCCCGGGUAGUCCCUGCUGUGCCUUCCGGCUAUGUCGAGACAGACAAGGAUGCAGAGAAUGCCUGGAAUGAUUUCAUCAGCAAGAUGAAGGAUUUAAUUUUAAGCUCAUUUGAUAAACGAGUGACGAAAUACGAGGAGGGCAUCAGAGAAAGAGAUUCUCAGCGAAACCUUCCUGGAUGGAAUUUCUGCACCUUCUUCAUCUUGAAAGAAGGACUGGCCAGGGGUUUUGAGACCGUGGGGUUGGUUGAGGAUGCUCUAGUCGGCUACGAUGAACUCAGCGUGGGGCUGGAUUCAAUCAUUAAAACACAGAUUGAGACAGGAGCUCCAGAGCAGCAUGGAGGAGCACUUUUAAAGUACAGCGAGGAGGUGAAGAGCGUGAUUGAUAAGGCUCUAAAGGAAAUCUCGGAUAGUGACGACGAUGAGGAAGCAGUUGAUAUGCAGUCAGGGGCUAACGAUGCUGACCAACUGGACGAGAUCGCAAUCAGCGCCACGAAGAAGCCAUACCGAGACAUGAUCCUAGCUAACGAUGUGUCUGUAUUUGACUUCCAAUGCUACAUCUUCGCUCGGCAAAUCGCGUUAUUACUGCGUCUUGGAAACACCUUCCCAUCGCGAGAAGAGCUGAUUGCAAAGUUGAAAGAACAACAAGAUUCGGUGCUUCAUGGAGUGGCACCACGCGCCCCUCCGCCUGCUAGCAAGCAUGAAGAGACUGAGAACUUCACUCAUCUCGCCGAGGUAUGUCGAAGGACGCUUCAGUUUAUCCCGGCGGUCUCUCAAGUCAUGCGUGACGACAUUUAUGCUGCUGUGAUGGCGGACCGCGAUGAUUCCGAGAAAAUCAGCUCCCAGGAGCUUGAGGUGAUAGACAAUGUUGUUUCUUCAUUCGCUUUCUCGGUAGCGGAACAAGUAUUAGCACAGACCUCAUCAUCAUCUCUCCCUGUUCCACCAUCAACCCUUACCCCAUCAGGUUCAACACUUGCACCGUCCGGCGCCACGGAGCCCAAGGCAUCCAUACCCGAGCCUAAGACGAUGUUACAUCCAGCCAGAAGUUCAUCGCUACUUUUCAGCCCUGUACCUCAACCGCCUCCCAGCCCAGGUGUGUUUCCCAACCCUGGCGCGGGGGGCACCUCCGCAUUGGGCCGAUUCCAGGAAGCACAGGCUGCUAAGACGGGGAUGGAAGAUCUGGCUGCUAAGCGCGCUGACUUAUACCUCCUGUCACGCAGUAUCCUCCAGAAUCUUGGUGCCAAGCGUGGCUGGACCAACGGGUGGCCUGAGGCUCCCCUCGUAAAAGAGCUGGACUCUGCUGAACUGGAGGAGAUAAGUCUGGAUGACGAUGAUACCUCAUCAACAGAGGGCACUGAAGCCGAGACUAAUCCGCGAGUUUCAUUGUCGACCAAUGCUGGUAUUGCCAACAAUCUGUUGAUCAGUGCAACUGGCAACGUCGAUGACUUUUACCGGAUGUUUGAGAUUCUCACUGACAAGGCACUGCGGCAUUAUACGGCUGCCGGUCAAGAUUAUUCUGCUCAAGCCCAAAUGGCCGAUCUUGCGGUUUUGAAAUUUCACCUCAAAGAAUACCGCCAGGCCACAUAUUACUUCAGCCUGGCCACGCCCUUUUUCGGCGAGAGCGGAUGGAGUUCAUUGGAACUUUCCAUGUUGAUCAUGUACUCCAAGUCUCUUCGAGAGCUUCAGUCUAAGCAGGAAUUUGUAAAAAUUGCUUUCAAGUUGCUGACCAAAGCCUGCGCUGGUGAAAAAGAGCGGCUGGCAUUGAGAUCAACAUCGGUCUCAGAACAAAAGAAAGCCGAGUAUCCUGAUCUCUCAUUAAUCACAUCAGUCGCUGGUAACGUGUCCGAGCUUACAGAAUUCUUGCCCAAAAACACGCGGAUAUCCCUUGCCAGCUUUAUGACUGAGAUCGACCUCGUGGGAGCGCCGGUAUAUCACGAAGACCGAGAUAGUUGCAGUUUGACCAUAAAGCUGCGUUGUUUAUUGCCGGAUGGCAUGAAUAUCAACGCAGCAGAGUUGAGGAUGACGAGCCUAAGUGGUGGUCCAGCUAAAGAGGUGAAAUUCUCGAGCAACAAGAGUGUUCGCCUUACUCGGGGCAUGAAUACAGUCACAGUCGACACCAAUUCUAUUGUCCCGGGCACCUAUCGGGUGGACCAUUUUAACCUCUCGUCGAAUCAUCUAACCCUCCAUUACGACCGCGACCUCACCAUUCCUGUGUUUACUAAAGACGAGACUUUCCCUGAGGCAGAAGUCACGCUUUAUCAGCGUGUCAACUCACUUGAUGUCAAUUUGACGGCGACGAAACAUACUGCCCUUGACCGAACCAACUCCCUGGAUCUCGCACUCAGCACGGGCUGGAAUGACUUGGCAAGCUGCGAGAUCCGGGUCAAGCCUACAACUGGAGGCCUUCGGCUUGUCACCACCGAUGCCACCUUUGUUGACUCUUCUGAUGAGUUUGCAAAACCCCCUGAAGCUGGGCUUUUCUUCAUAGGCCCAGUGGACAAAGAUACAACCCUGACCCUCCGCUUUCCAUAUACCAUCGAACAGGAUUUCGGACAGGUGGGAUCAAAGGUCGAAGUCACCUACACGACGAAGUCUGGAGAAACAUUCUACCUUGCAAAGGCCAUCUCCAUCUCUGUAUCACUGGCGGUGGGUGUCAACGUUCAGGAUGUGUUCAAGCAUGACACUUUAUUCUCGAGAUUCAGCGUUACCACGGCUAGCUCGAACCCUAUACGCCUCUACAAGAGCCAGCUGAUUGAAUCAGAGCUCUUCGGGUCUUCUUUCGGAAUAGCCCCCACCGAGACUGUCACAAUCUUUGCCAAGCAACCUGCUAGCCUGCUAUACAAGGUCAGGAGAAAGACGCAAAGCGCGCCUAGCAAGCGUUCGGAGAAGACCAUGUACCUCAAGCUGCACUACACCGAACUCCUCGCCGAGAUGCAAGAGCUUGUCAGCAGAUCCUUUGCGGAGUAUUUGGAACAGCAGGAUUCCCCACUCGCGGAGUUCGCAAAGCCCAUUGGAGCUGUAAUUGCUGGACGGCUCAAGUCGGAACUGGACGUUUUCGACUUGGAACAUGCGGCUUUGCUCGGCGAGGUGUCGACCAAGUUUCUCAAGGAGAUUCCUUGGAAGCGCCAGCUGAGAGGACUCGGGAAGCUUCCUGGGACAGAGGAAAGCGCUGCGACUGCCAUUGCUGGCUUGCUCGAGGAAUGGCAGCGUGCGACUCCUGCGGUGCCGAUCCCCAAAACCAACGUCACCGAGACGUCGUCGAUACUCAUCCCGAUGGAAAUGCCAUCUGUCUCUGUCCUGCACACAGCCAACAUCCGCCUGCAGCCCCCACCCCCUGGUCUGACCGACGGAGAUCAUGGGGCAGCUCCAGUCGUCACGAUCAACCAGGUCCUCUCUGCCACGCUGCAGCUUAAGUGGACUCGGAUCUGGGACACGGAUUCCACACGCAAGGAGGAUCAGGAGUUUAGCUACGAAGUAAUAGCACCAGGCGAAUCAUGGCUUAUCGGCGGACGCCGAAAGGGGCACUUUGUCAUCCCCUACGACCCGGACAUGCGCACCUCGACGCCGGAGACGGAGGCGGACAUCCCACUCGUGCUCAUACCGCAGCGGGAGGGCUGGCUGCCGUAUCCAACAGUAGAGAUCAAGGAGAUAUCGCAGGAAGACGGCAGGCCCUUGGAGCCGGCGGCGCAGACUUUUGAGAUUGACUGGAGGAACCUCGGAGAGACAAUCAGGGUGGUCAAUGGCAGGACGGGAGUUACGGUGAGCCUGGACGCGAGUGGACCUGGUGGUGGACCGAUGGUCCUUGAGCAGGAAAGGAUCACGAAGAGUGGUCGGAUGCGGGUCCUGUGA